GGGCACUCACGCGGACCUCCGUCUACUUUCAUCACUAGCCCAAGCAAACUACAGGCAACCUUUCACGGGGAAACCAUAAGAACCACUGCAUCACACCGCACUUUCAACAUGGCGGAGAACGACGAACGUGCCCUCCAGAAGGUAUCUCUCCAGAGCAACGAUGGACAAAUCAUCACCGUCGAUCGUGUUGUUGCCGAGCGAUCCCUUCUCAUCAAGAACCUGAUUGAGGAUUUGGGCGACGAGGCUGUUAUGAACGAGGCUAUUCCCCUACCAAACGUCAACGAGCCUGUCCUCCGAAAGGUUGUCGAGUGGUGCGAGCACCACCGCAAGGACCCGCCCCAGACCACCGAGGACGAGAACGACAGCCGUAAGAAGAGCACGGAGAUCGACGAAUGGGACCAGAAGUUCAUGCAGGUUGACCAGGAGAUGCUCUUCGAGAUCAUUCUCGCUGCCAACUACAUGGACAUCAAGCCCCUCCUUGAUGUUGGAUGCAAGACCGUUGCCAACAUGAUCAAGGGCAAGUCCCCUGAGGAGAUUCGAAAGACGUUCAAUAUUACAAACGAUUUCACUCCGGAGGAGGAGGAGCAGAUUCGCCGCGAGAACGAGUGGGCGGAAGACCGUUAGCCGAUCAAGACCAGUUUCCACGUCCAGUCACUUUGCAACGCCGGGACCACCGUCUGCCAAAGACAGAGGCUACCCCUGUGCUUCGUCUACCGGGAUGCACACGUUAGCCGAGUUUGAUGGAUAUGGGGAGAGCUGUUAUGUUGGGAGAUGGAUAUCAAAGACAUCUCGUGUUAUCGACAGCAUUUCGACGACGACGUGAUACGGUUUGGGCAUUCCUGGGAGGGCCACAAACGAAGCUCUUCCACUCAGUACGUUCGAUCGUAACUUUGCGUUGGCAGGCGUUUAGAGGCGUUGUUCUCUAGCUUUUUUCUACGGCUCCUUGUUUUCUUAGGCUGAAUCGAGGGUUUUCUUAUGAUGAUACAGUUUGUGAACCAGGUCCUCACGUGUCUGAGAACGUCCUCACCGUAAAGACCGACAACGUCGUCACGAUUCUGUUCCGUGUUAUUGCCAUGAUGGUCCCCUUUACCACCAACGUACUCUACAUAUUGGCACCUCGUAUCCGCUUGAUACGCCCAUCAUGUGAACUGUAGUCUAAUGGUAGCAACAACGACCCUCGGUUUCGU